CUCAACUACUCUCAGUACAAUUUUAGCAAUCAGGCGGGUAGCAAGUAUUUUGGCUGAAUCUCGGACAAUUUUUUCAAAUACACAAAACUCCUUCCUUCUCUCUCCACCAACAACAUAGCGCAUUUUUCUUUUAAAAAAAUAUAUAUAUACGAAGUACUACCAAAAUAGUAAAUAAGACACUUUGCGUUAUUGUGAUUUCAACUUUUGAAGGUACUUUCAACCACUAACAGUUUUUUUCCUAAAAAAAAGAGAAGUUUAUUGCGAAAAGUGUUUAAAGUUAAUAAAAAAAUAAAUAAAUAAAUAAUAAUUUUCGUGAUCCUUGUGAGAAAAGUAAAAAAAAAAAGAGUUCAAGUGUAAAACAGUGAUGGUUGAUUUUAAUAAAACCAAGAAAAUAGUGCGAUAGACUACGAGGAAAGUGAGGAAAAUUUCCUGAGACUUUCGUCCCUGAUGUUACAAAAAUUCCGUCCUUCACACGCCACAUAGAAGCCAUGGAAGUGGUUUUAUAGAGGGAGGAGAGGUAUAAGAAAAGUCCCGAAGAAGAGGAGGAUAGUUCCUCCGGAGAAGGGAAAAAGAAGAAGAAGAGAUAGACAAAAAAAGAAGCGCGAAAGAGGCGCGUUAUUCAAAUGAUUGGAAAAUUGCGGAUAUCAUCUAAUGACUGAAUCAACUCAGCUGCAUCAAACGGAUAAUAGCAACAGCGGUGUGAAAAUGGAGCCUCCGGUAUCACCGGCUCCAUCGGAGCAACAGUACUCCCUCAAGUGGAAUGAUUUCCAGUCCUCAAUUCUCUCGUCAUUCCGCCACUUGAGAGAUGAGGAGGACUUUGUAGAUGUUACAUUGGCCUGUGAUCAGAGAUCUUUUACCGCACACAAAGUCGUCCUCAGUGCAUGUAGUCCGUACUUCAGGAAGCUACUGAAAGCCAAUCCCUGUGAGCAUCCAAUUGUUAUUCUGCGGGAUGUGAGGGCUGAGGACGUUGAGAGUUUACUGAGGUUUAUGUACAAUGGGGAAGUGCACAUUGGACAUGAGCAAUUGAGUGAUUUCCUGAAGACGGCUCAGUUGCUGCAGGUGCGUGGACUGGCGGAUGUUAGUGGUCCAUCGAUGGGUCAUACAAUGACGUCAUCGUCGAGACUAACACAUGCCGCCCUCAAUACCCAAGUGUCCACACCAACAGUACAAGAACUAAAGCCGUCGCCGGUAAGAAAAAAAACCUCGGGAUCUCUCUUGCCAUGGGAUUUGCCAGAUGAUCGAUCCAAUCAGAACUUGGUUAAUACCCCACCGCCACAGAAGCGCAUCAAGAGCAUAGAUCUCUAUCGGGCGCAACAUGGUCUGAGUCCUGAUCGGAAUACCGAGGGCAAUUCACCGUCAAGUCAGGGUCAGAUGCGCGAGAAGGAUCGCGAUAGGAGUGAUCGUGAGAGUGAUCGCAGUCGAAAGUCCUCAUUGGAACGGGAUAGGAGUCUCGAAUUGAGAGAUUCUCUCCUGGGUCAAGCUCUCGAGGGAGGUCCAACACUUAUUGUGCCAUCUCAGAAACAUCCGGAUCUUGCAUCACUUCAGCAACAGAGCAAUGGGGAGGAUUCCAAUAGUAGCGAUGCAGCUUCCGAUCGAGAAGAUGGCAUGGAUAAUGCCAUGGAUGGCCUCAAUGGCUCAAUAGAACACUCACGAACGCCUUCAUUCCCCAGUGCAUUUUUGGGCCUUCAGGGACUUCCACUGAUGCCAGGACCAUCCGGAAUGCACGCAGACAAUUUCGGGGUUCGUCGUUCCCUGGAUGUACGAGUUCGAGCCACUGAUCCCAGACCAUGUCCAAAGUGUGGCAAAAUCUACAGAUCAGCUCACACAUUGCGAACCCAUCUGGAGGACAAGCAUACAGUUUGUCCAGGAUAUCGGUGUGUUCUGUGUGGAACUGUAGCCAAAUCCCGCAACUCCCUCCAUUCUCACAUGUCACGUCAGCAUCGUGGCAUCUCCACCAAGGAUCUCCCUGUACUGCCCAUGCCCAGUCCCUUUGAUCCCGAACUGGCCAGUCGAUUGUUGGCCAAGGCGGGUGUUAAGGUAUCACCGGCUGAAUUGCGUGCCAGAGCAUCGCCCACUAGCGGUACCAGGCGCAACGACAUGAAGCUGGAACUCCGUACUCCGGGCGAUGAUAGCAACCUGGGCGACAUGGACAAUGACCCUGAGGAUCUCACAGUGGGCAGUGCGGCCCACAACAACAACAACAGCAAUACCAAUCGAUACCUAGAUGGUAUGAUGAGGAUGUCACCGGCAGCUUUCAACCAUCCGAAUACGACAAUAACAAGAGUACGACAUGGAGCUCUUACACCCAAAAGCAAUGAAUCCAUUUCAAAAGACUCCCACGGAGGCCAGUUGGGCAGUAGUGCUGCAACUGGCUCUGCCAUCCUCGACACAUACUUGCAAUUCAUCACGGAGAAUACAUUUGGUAAGAUCCCAAAAAGCUUGCUGGGCUCGGACUGGAUGAUGAGGGAGACUCUUUCAGGGAUGGGAAUAAGUCAGGAGCAGGCGGCUGCGGCCCUGCAUGCCGCCAAGAUGGCCCAAUUGGGUGCCAUGGGUCAUGGACUGGACAAAUUGCCGCCAGGCUUGUUGCCGUCGCAGUUGGAUUUGCACAAGAUCAACAAUCAGGCCAACAGUUUGGACAUCAUUGGGAAGAUUCAGCACAACAGCAGUGUGACCAUUGAGCCGUCGGGGAAGAGAGAACCAGAGCGAUCGCUUGAGAUUAAGCGAGAUGAUGAGGAACCAAUGGACUUGGGCACGGAGAAUACUCAGACACCAGCUGCCAAUUUGUCCAAUGAUGGGGACAAUAGUUCAGGGGAAGAGGGUAGCUACUCAGACGAUGAGGGUGUGGGAAAUUCGUAAAAAACUGUGGACAAUUUUAGGAAGGCUUGAAUUUACCAUAGAAUUUAGAAAAAUCUGGAUAAUGGGCUGCGCACAAUUUUGAUUUCCAUUCGAAAGAGAAAUUGGAUCAAAUAUUUGGUAAUUCAAAGUAUUUUAUUACAAACCAUAUUUUUAAAAAUAUUUAUUCCAGUGAAAAAAAUAUUAUUUUGGGAGAAACUAAAUUUUUAGUACAUGACCCAAAUCAGAAAGAUGAAAAUUGAGAAAUUUUCAGUGAAGCCGUAAAACAAAAUUUAAAGAAUGAGCCGGAGGACGGAAAUUAGAAACUAGUUAUUUAUAAUUCUUUCCAACGUUUAUGGUUUUUAAAAUAUCAAGAACUUUUAAAUUUAGAACUUCAUUUCUGUACUAAAUCUCAGACAUUUAAAAAAAAAGUCUAUUGAAUUAACACAAAAUCAAUGAAAAAAGGUUUAGUAACAAAAAUCAUGAGGAUGAGCUAGAACUAAAAUUUUAGCACACGCAUGUACUAAAGCCACUACCGAUAGAAAUUUAUCAACUACAAAUGAUGGUAAAGAAGAAAAUAUUGAGUUGAAAGCAGUGUAUUGAAUUUUAAACGUAAUCGAUGUUUAUUGACCCCACAUUUUUUCUAGUACAAAUACUAAAAAAUCAUAACAAAGGGAGAAAAAUUACUUAAAAUUUAUUAUCCUGAAAGUAUUGAUAUUUCGUCAGUCAAUCGGCAAUUUUUCUAUCUGCUAUUUUGAGGUUAAUACACAAUUUCCGAUUUUGAAGACAGAUAAUGAAAGUGAAAAAUAGUUAUGCAUUUUGCAACAAGCAUUUCAUGAUUGAUUGAUGAAAAAUGACUGAUCUUGAACAAUUUAGUACAGUCUUCAAUAUCUUAAACGGUUUAAAAUAGUUCAAAAGAAGUAAAUAAAAUUCCUAUUCUUUUACUCAAUUUUCAUAAAAUCUGUUAAUUUCAAUAUCAUCUUUUUUAGUACAUGUACGUGCUAAACAUUAAGUUUUAUAGUAAAUAAUCGUUGCGUUGCCCCUUCCUCACGCAACGAUAUCCAUUCAUCAGCAAUUUAAAUUGUAAUUGUAAACAUAAAUUGUAAAACUUUCAUACAUUUUUGGCUUAAACAAUUUGGGAUUCAGGGUUUCUGCCGUUUACCUGAUAAGAUCGGUCGUGGUAAGUCGGCGGCA